AAAGGCUCACAAAAGUCACACUUUUCUCAGUCCCGUCCUCAAGGUUACACAAGAACAAAGCAGCCCACAUCUCAAAGGUCUAAGCCAAGUUGCUACAGAUGUGGGGGAGAUAAUCAUCAGCACAGUGAAUGUCGAUUCCAAAAUGUAAAGUGCCACAAUUGUGGAAAGGUUGGACAUUUACAGAAAGUGUGUAAAGCCUCAAAACGCACAGCAAGAGCGCACAACGUGUCAGACGCAGCACAAGAAGAGGAAGGUACAACUGAAACAGUAUUGUAACUGUUCACAGUGUACACAGCUCAACAACAAAAAGAUGGAAUCUAUCUCAACAUGGAGUUAGCGGGAAAGCCAGUAAAAAUGCAGCUGGACACCGGAGCGUCUGUAUCUCUGGUUCCAGAGAGACUCUACAAAGAAAAACUGAAAGAGUGCCCUCUUCAGCCAGCGUCCAUCCGCCUUUCUUCAUACACUGGUGACACUAUUCCUGUGUUAGGGCAGAUCCAGGUACCAGUCCGGUAUGAGGGGAAGGAGUGGACGCUACCGCUUGUCAUUGUUAAAGGAGAAAAAUCAGCCUUGCUAGGCAGAAACUGGCUACAAAAGAUCAAGUUGAACUGGGGAGAAAUCUUCAGUCUGAGAAAGGACAAACCAGUGAGUCAGGCUACACUCACUAACAUGCUGGAGAAGCACAAAGAACUUUUCAAUGAUGGCUACGGCGAAAUACAAGACUUCACAGCAAAAGUCAGAGUGCAAGAAGGAACCAAGCCUAUCUUUCACAAACCACGUCCAGUUCCCUAUGCUCUUAAGGAAGCAGUAGAGAAGGAACUGGACCGCCUACAGAAGAAUAACAUAAUCACGAAAGUAGCGAGGAGCGACUGGGCCGCUCCGAUUGUUGUAGUCCCAAAGAAAGACAAGACCGUCAGAAUGUGCGGUGACUACAAGGUCACAGUAAAUCGCUGCAUACUACCAGAGGAAUAUCCACUACCAAACGCUGAAGAUCUGUUUGCCACUCUAGCUGGUGGGAAGGUUUUCAGUAAGCUGGACCUGGCAUUCGCUUAUCAGCAACUGAAGCUGGAUCCGGAGUCAGAACAGUAUCUGACCAUCAAUACACACAAGGGGCUAUUCAGAUUCAAUCGCUUGGCCUAUGGAAUCUCGACAGCUCCAGCGAUAUUCCAACACACAAUGGAUCAGAUCUUGGAUGGUAUAGACAACGUUGUGUGCUUCAUGGACGACAUCCUCGUGUCAGCACCAACCAUUGGAGAGCACCUUGUAGUGCUGGACAAAGUGAUGUCAAGACUGGAGAAAUACGGAGUGAGAAUGAAACGCAGCAAGUGUGAGUUCCUCCAGGACUCAGUGGAGUAUCUCGGAUACAAGAUUGAUGCACAAGGCCUGCACCCAACCAACAGCAAGGUGGAAGCAAUUGUAAACGCACCAGCACCCACAAAUAUCUCGGAGUUGAGGUCAUUUUUGGGGCUCCUGAACUAUUACGGAAAGUUUGUGGCAAACUUGUCCACAUUGUUGCAUCCGCUUCACCAACUGCUGCAGGCCGAUACAAAGUGGAAUUGGUCCCCACAAUGCGAAGAAGCAUUCAAGACUUGCAAACAGCGUCUGCUAAAGAGCAAGUGGCUUGCCCACUACAACACAGAGAUGAAGCUGAGACUCGCGUGUGAUGCAUCUCCAUACGGAGUAGGAGCCGUCAUCUCACAUGUUCUAUCGUCAGGUGAAGAACACCCUAUUGCAUUUGCAUCACGGACUCUGUCACCAAGUGAGAAAAAAUAUGCUCAAAUUGAGAAGAAAGCCCUGAGCAUAAUAUUCGGAGUGAAGAAGUUUCACAAAUACCUGUACGGAAGGAAGUUCCAACUGCUGACAGAUCACAAGCCUCUGUUGGCCAUCCUUGGACCAAAAUCAGCUAUACCAACCCUUGCUGCACUUCGAAUGCAACGUUGGGCUCUGAUAUUGUUAGCCUACGACUACGAGAUUGAGUACAGACGAUCCAGUGAUCACGCAAAUGCAGAUGCACUAUCAAGACUACCAUGCAAUAGUGACUCCGACAGUGAAGAUGAUAGAGCAGUCUUCCAGAUCUCUCUCAUUGAUGAACUGCCCAUAUCUGCUUCAGACAUAGCAGAGGAAACAAGGAAAGAUCCAGUGCUUUCCAAAGUCUUGGACUUAACAUUAGGAGGUUGGCCAAACUUCGUAAAUGACGAUAACCUUCGUCCAUUCAUCGACAAGAAAGACCAGUUGUCCACUGAUCAAGGAUGUGUUCUGUGGGGAUCAAGGGUGGUGGUACCUCACAAAUUCCAGAGGAGACUGCUAUCUGACCUGCAUGAGGGACAUCCAGGGAUCACUCGAAUGAAAGCACUCGCUCGCAGUUAUCUGUGGUGGCCUGGACUGGAUCAGGACAUUCAACAGCAUGUAGGCCACUGCUCACCUUGUGAAGCUGUUCGCAACAAGCCUGCUACUGCACCUCUUCAUCCAUGGUCCUGGGCUGCGACACCUUGGGAACGCAUCCAUGUGGAUUACGCCGAGAUUGACAAGCAACAUUUCCUUGUUGUCGUCGAUGUCCAUUCCAGGUGGAUGGAAGUGUUCCCUACUCAACUGACCACAGCUGAGAAGACCAUCAAUCUUCUCAGACACCUGUUUGCAUCCUUUGGACUAGUCAAGGAGCUCGUAUCGGACAAUGGCCCUCCUUUCACGUCAAACGAUUUUGAAAUGUUUCUCAAGAACAAUGGAGUAAGGCACAUCCUGUCACCACCUUACCAUCCGGCAUCAAACGGCGCAGCGGAGAGAGCCGUGCAAACCUUUAAGAAGGCCUGGACUAGACUCAAGGUUCAGUCUGUGCCCACCCACCUAAGGCUUCCCCGGUUCCUGUUUACUUACCGCAACACACCACACACAGUAACGGAAUGUACACCAGCUGAACUGUUUCUGAGACGCCAACCACGUACCCGCCUGACAUUGUUGAAACCAGACUUGUCAAGCACUGUGGCAAAGCACCAGCUACAGCAGAAGAAAGCUCAUGACAGACACUCAAAGACUGUCAGAGAAUUCAAAGAGGGAGAGAGGGUGAUGGUACGUGAGUUCAGACACCCCAAGAGCCUGUGGAACUCAGGUGUGAUCUUGCAACGCAAAGGACCUUUGACUUACCAAGUCCAAAUUGGUCAUCGCCAGGUCAACGUUCAUGUGGAUCAUCUGCUACGGUCCAACGCCCCAGCAGAGACACGCCGAGAGAACAAUAACGACCCCCAGGACUAUUCUCCUGACUGUGGACGUACGGGAGAGACAGAGCCUGACCUUCCACCCGAACCUGGCCCACCACCGGAAGCCCAGGAGGAGCGGAGAUAUCCUAUUCGACAGCGAAAGGCACCUUAA